GAGUCACAGACCUGGCUGAACCGAGUCAAACACACCUCGAAUACAUCAACAUCAAGACAACAAAAAAGCCAUCCUUCAUCCAUCUGGUCGAGUCAUCAGCUUCUUCCAAUUCUAAGUGAGAGCCGCAAAUCUUGAAGCACAGCAAACAAAACAACCACUUCCCAGAAUGAAGGAAGAAGAAAGCCUCAUGUCCACCCAAACCCAACUUCUGCACUACUGGGGCAACACCCCAGAGCAAGAAUACUACAAUCUCCAAGGCAUCAAAGCCUCCAAAUCCUUCUACACCUCGCCCAGGGGCCUCAAGCUCUUCACCCGGCAAUGGCUGCCCCUCCUCUCCCCUCCACGUGGCCUCAUCUUCAUGGUCCACGGCUACGGCAACGACAUCAGCUGGACCUUCCAAGCCACCCCAAUUUUCCUCGCCCAACAGGGUUUCGCCUGCUUCGCUCUCGACCUCGAAGGCCACGGCCAAUCCCACGGCCUCAGGGCCUUCGUCCCCGACGUCCAUCUCGUGGUCCAAGACUGCCUCGCUUUCUUCACCCUGGUCAAGCAGCAAGAACCCCAAUUUCUAAACGUCCCCUGUUUUCUCUACGGCGAGUCCAUGGGCGGCGCCAUUUGCCUUCUGAUCCACUUCGCCGAGCCGGAAGCUUUUCAAGGUGCGAUUUUGGUGGCACCCAUGUGUAAAAUUUCUGAUAAGGUGAAACCCAGGUGGCCAAUUCCUCAAAUUCUGACGUUCGUGGCCAGAUUCUUUCCCAGCUUGGCCAUUGUGCCCACUGCGGACCUCAUGUACAAGUCCGUGAAGGUGGAGGAGAAGAAGAUCAUAGCGAAUAUGAAUCCGAUGAGGUACAGAGGAAAGCCGAGAUUGGGGACGGUAGUGGAGUUGCUCAAAGUGACGGAGUAUGUGAGUCAGAGAUUGGGCGAUGUGAGUCUUCCGUUCAUUGUGUUGCAUGGAAGCGCAGAUGUUGUGACUGAUCCGAAUGUGAGCAGAGCAUUGUAUGAAGAGGCCAAGAGUGAGGAUAAGACGAUCAAGAUUUAUGAAGGGAUGAUGCAUUCCUUGCUGUUUGGGGAGACUGAUCAAAAUGUUGAUAUCGUUCGCGCUGAUAUUCUUUCUUGGUUGAAUCAUAGAUGCCAUGCCUGAGGAGGAGGAGCUGAAUGACAUCAAAUUACUACCUUUUUUUUUUUUUUUUUCAAAAUGGUAUAAUCAUAUUUUUCAAUUAUCACAUAGAGAUUCAAAUCAAAACUAUUUUUGUGUUUUAUUUUCAAUUGUCACUAUUGAAAUUGUGUUUGAUUGAAAUGAAAUUGUGUUUGUAGCAUGUCCUGCCAUGUCCUGAUGACGAACAUGGAGGCAUUGAAUUUGCAUUGCGUUGUAUUAUUUGCCGACUAGCACAACCACCAUAUGGUCUUGCAAGUUGCAUUUGAAACCCUCGCGCGUUUUGACUAGUUUGCUUAAUUAUGUUUAGUCACACAGAGAGAGAGAGACAGAGAGAGAGAGAGGUAUUGCUCCCACCAAAAUCAGCAAACCCAAGCACGUACAUCAUUAGUGAUUAGUGACCAUGAAACCAAUUUGCUCAACAUAAACCAUGGAUUAAUCGUCGAUAUGAACCAACUGAUCACGAGAAGAAGCAA